AUGCAAAGCCCUCAAAAGCCAAAUUUGACCUUUAAAAUGGAUGAUGAUGAUGAUGAUGGAAAUAUUAUUAAGGCAGCGGAGGAAGCAUCAAGAGAGAAGGGAAAGGAAGAUAAAGUGUUUUUACACUUGUGUGCUUGUGUUUCAGAUAAGAAGAAAGUGAAGACAUUUGAGCAGCCCUCCCCACCAAUUCAAGAGGAGCCUGAGCCUGUCAGCUCAGUUCUGCAAGGAGAUGAGAUCCAGGCUCUGGCAAUCAAAGUGGAAGAUCUAGAAAAGCUUCAUACUCCACGCCUUCCCCAAGAAGGGGAGAAAACUCCUAUUACCAGGAAAUUCCUCAUUCGAAGACACAAACCCCAAGAGGCUGGGAAGAAGGCCCAGCUCCUGGUAGCAUAUCCUAUUGUUGCUGAAGCAUCCAAGAAACCAUUGAAUUACUCUGGGCCAGAAGGACCAUUUGUUGAUAACCGUGAACAGAUACUCCCCCACAACAUCUUAGGAAGUCUCCAGGAAUUCAAGAGAGAAGCCUUAGCUAGAGGAAAUGCUGAGUUAGCUGAGCUGAUUGCAGAUUCACAUCUGGAUGGUACAGUGGCAGCUUUAGAGAAGUUCAGAGAGAAACAUGGUGAAGGAAAGAAGAGAAAGUCUCUCUGGGCCCCACCAUUGCAGCACAGGGCCCUCCAGAACUGGCAUCAUAAUGUGGCACUCAGGAAGAAGCAGCAGAGAGUUCUGAGUAAGUUUCUUCGGAAACCAGAAAAUGAGCUGCUGAUGAAUCUUUCAGAGGAUUACCGCCGAAUCCGGAGCCUCCCUGCUCUGCACUAUGGGAAGGGCUUCCGUGUAGGAAGUGAGUUCUGGAGCCAACCUAAGUGUAUUGGAGAUGAACUCACUGGUCUGAUAAUGACAUUGACCCAGAAGGAGCGGGCACUGAACUCAGGUGUGAUUAAUUCCACAGGUUGCAGCUCUUCAAAGGAGCCUCCUUUCCGUUUCACCUGGGAUAAGAGUCUCUUCUUGAAGUAUCGGCGAAAGGAGCUAAAAUCCAUCCUAGAGGAGCUGGAUUUUAAUCACCCUGACCUAGAUGGCCUGGAAGUGAUUGGUAAAGGGCAGCCUUUCACUUCUGUUUCAGCACAGUGUUUUCCACUGUGCAAGGAAAAUAAGGAAGUCACCACUGAAGAGACAGUGAGCCCCAGUGAUCCCCUAGAAGAUUAUCCAGAUGUGUUUCCAGAACCAAUAUUUGGUCCAUCGUUGCAGUUUUGUGGACAGCCAGCUCGCUGGAUCAACACUUCUCAUAGGGAUGAAGUUGGCAUUGCUGCCCAGCUCACCUUUGAAGUUUUGGCAGGUGAUAAAGCUGAAUCCUGCCUGAUAGUAAGCAAUGAUGGCACAGCUGCCAUAUGGUAUGAUUGGCGGAGGCAAGCCCAGUCAGUUACUUUUGAAGAGACUAAGGAGAAAGGGAUGCAAUAUUUUUAUUUUAACACCAGACCAGGUGUCAUUCUGCCUGGGGAAACUAGAAACUUUUCCUUCUUUUUCAAGUCGGGGAAAGCAGGCAUCUUCAGUGAGUCCUGGGAGUUUUGUACUCACCCCAUGUUAUUAGGAGGGGCUGCCCUGCAGGUUUCGCUGUGGGGUAUUGCUGUGUAUGAGGAUAAGUUUGCUGGCCUCAGAGAUGAAUUGGAGAGGGAGCUGGCUGUACGAGAAGUUGCUGUCAUAGUACAGGAGAAUCUGAAGGAGCUGCUUGAUCGAAUUCGGACACCAGAGCGAGUUCCAUCUCCUGUGGAUGCUUACAUCACAGAGGAAGAGUUAUUCCACAGAAAGAAUCCAGAGUUGCAUUAUCAGCACCAAGUGGUGAAGGAGCUUCAUGAAUUAUGGAGACAACACAUGAACCCUCCCUUGACUUCAGAGGAAGAGGAGAUUUUGCGCCAGAAGAGCAUAGUGCAGCUAGGCUCGGGCCAGAGGAGUGCUGUGGACAUGGUACGUCAGAAGAGCAUUACUGGGGAGAUGACACAGCUGAAGAGUGCUGUGGAAGAGAUUCCAUGUCAGAAGAGUAUUGUGGAGGAGAUCCUAAGCCAGAGCAUUAAUGUGGAGGAAGGAGAAGUGAGCCAGCCAGAGUGGAACCUUUCCUUGGAGGAUUUUAAACAGGCUUUGCAGUUAAUCCCUGAGGAGGAAAAACGAGAAGCAGCCCUGACCCAGCUCAAUAAGGCAGCAUUGGAGCUUUGUGUUGAACAGAGGCCAACUCAGUCAGACCUCCCAUACCAAACAUGUUUUCAGCUUUGGCGUGAAGUACUUGAUGGUCUGGUGAGCCGCUCCCUAACGCUGAGAUCCCUGCUUGGCAUGCCUGAGAAGGACAUUUAUGUAGAAAAUGUUCCAGAGGAAAUAGUGGAUCUGAAGCAGAUUGCUAAAGGAGGAAAGGAGGACCGGAAAGUCUUGCAGAAAGAAGAGAAGAAGACAGCUGGGGGGAAGGAAAAAGAGGAUAAAAAAGGAGCAACAAAGUCAACAGGAAAAGACAAAGAGGAACGGCCAAACAGCAGGAAGACAAAAGGGAAAGAUGAGAAAAGAGUGAGAACUCCAAGUUUUUCACGGGAGGUGAAAGAAUUAAUACAGCUGGAUAGCAUAGAAUCAGACCAAUAUGCUCGCCAAGAACAAGUAGAUCCUGCUGUACUUGAGAAAUACCAUGAAAAACUUUAUGUUGAAGUCUAUAGCCUGCUGGAUUCUAUGAUAGACAGUAUGGUUUUUCUACUUGAAGAUCUAAAGAGGGAUGCCCAAGAGCAGAAGAGUGAAGCAUUUUCUGUCUAAAAAUACAUUGUUGUUGUUCUUUCUAAAGAAAGAAAUAUCCAUGUUUAUAUUAA